AUGGCCACUAUCUCCGAUGAUGACGAGCGCCUGCUGGCUCGAAUCGGCUACAAACAAGAACUCCAACGAGAAUUCUCCAAAUGGUCCACCAUCUCCUAUGCCAUCUCUAUCCUCGGCAUCUUGGGCUCAGUACCCGCGACGCUCGGCGCUCCCCUGGCCGCCGGGGGACCCGCCACCGCCGUCUGGUGCUGGGCCGUCGGCUCGUGCAUGGCGCUGUGUAUCGGCAGCUCCGUGGCAGAGCUGGUGUCGGCCUAUCCCACGGCCGGGGGCAUGUACUUCGUCACGAAACAUGUCGUGCCGGAGGAGCAUGUGCCGGUGUUCUCGUGGGUGCAGGGUUGGUGCAAUUUGCUCGGGCAGACGGCCGGCGUGGCCAGCGUCACUUACACCGUCAGUCAGAUGCUGUUGGCGGCGGUCAGUAUGAAUUCAGGGCUGUUGGGAGGAGGGAUGUACCAAUACUCUCCAACCGCCGUUGAUACCGUCCUCCUGGCCAUCGUCCUGCUCUGUAUUCUGGGGGUGAUUUGCUCGUUGACCACGAAGACGCUGCAUCGCAUCGUCUUCUGGUUUGCUCCGAUCAACAUCACCGCCACCAUCGUCAUCUGCUGUGUCCUGCUCUCCUCGUCCGAGAAACAGUCCGCCAGCUGGGUCUUCACGCACUUCACCGACGGCUCAGGAUGGGGAUCCAAGCUCUUUUCCUUCCUCUUGGGCUUCAUCUCCGUCGCCUGGACAAUGACCGACUACGACGGAACCACCCACAUGUCCGAAGAAACCCACGACGCCGCCUCCCUCGGUCCCCUGGCCAUCCAAUCCGCCGUCAUCGUCUCCGGCCUGAUGGGUUGGCUCCUUACCAUCUGCCUGUGCCUCUGCAUCACCGACCUCGACGCCAUCCUCGACACCCCCACCGGCCUCCCCGCCGCCCAGAUCUUCCUGAACGCCGGCGGCCAGACCGGCGGCACCAUCAUGUGGGGUUUCGCGAUCCUCGUGCAGUUCUUCACCGGCUGCUCGGCCAUGUUGGCCGACACGCGCAUGGCGUAUGCAUUUGCAAGAGACGAAGCGGUGCCGUUCUCCAGCACCCUCUCAAAGAUAAACCCCAGGACCAAAACCCCCCUCAACGCCGUCUGGUCCGUCGUCGCCGCCAGCAUCCUCCUGACCACCAUCGCAAUCGGCUCCACGCAGACCGCCACCGCCAUCUUCAGCAUCACCGCCCCGGCCCUCGACCUGUCCUACGUGUCUGUCAUCCUGGCCCACCGGGUCUAUCGGGACCGGGUGCCGUUCGUCGAGGGCCCGUUCUCGCUGGGUCGGUGGCGCGGAGUCAUCAAUUGGGUGUCGGUCGUCUGGGUGGUGUUUAUUAGUGCGGUGUUGUUCUUUCCGCCAAAGGUGCCGGUUACGGUUGUUAAUAUGAAUUACGGUGUCGUUGUGGGUGCGUUCAUCGGGGUGUUUGCCCUAGUGUGGUGGUGGAUUGAUGGGAAAGGAAAAUAUACCGGCCCUCGAACGAGCGACUACAUCCAGCCAGUAUCCACCGAAGACCUCAUGGAGGAAUAUGGCACAUUUCGU